AUGACGUACAAAAAAUCGGACAACUACCUGCACCUGUUUCCCAGACUGCCUGACCUGACUGUUCCUGGCAUAAAAGAACAACUUCACGCCAGCGAGAGGGAGAGAGCGAGAGAUGUCCUUGUUGGUUUGGCGAAUCCCACAGAUGCAUUUACUGUCUUCUAUGGAGAGAAAAACCCCUGGUGGAUUACAGUGAGCUGUCCAGGCAGUCCAGGUCAUGGCUCCAGGUUUGUGGAGAACACAGCUGCAGAAAAACUGCGUCGCGUUAUAAAUUCCUUCUUGGAGUUCAGAGAGAAGGAGAAAAAGCGGCUGAACACCAAUGAGUGUUUCACACUUGGUGAUGUCACAACUGUUAACAUGACAAUGUUGAAAGGGGGAGUGGCUUACAAUGUAGUUCCAGCAGAAAUGGAUGUCAGCUUUGAUUUGAGAAUCCCGCCCACUGUGGACCUGCAGGAGUUUGAAGAACAGAUAAAAGCUUGGUGUAAGGAGGCUGGUGAGGGCGUGACAUACAAAUUUGCGCAGAAACACAUGGACCAGAAUUUGACGUCCACAGAGGAGAGCAACCCCUGGUGGAACGCAUUUGGCUCAACCUGCAAAGCCAUGAAUAUGACUCUGAAAAAGGAAAUCUUCCCUGCUGCCACAGAUAGUCGCUUCAUGAGGGAGUUGGGUCUUCCAGCCAUUGGAUUUUCCCCGAUGAACUGCACUCCCAUCCUCCUGCACGAUCAUAAUGAAUACCUGAAUGAGCGUGUAUUUCUACAGGGCAUUCAGGUGUAUGAGAGACUCGUGCCUGCCCUCGCCAGUGUGCCACCUCUGAGCGGAGACGAAUAAAUACUCGACACUCACUGCUUAAAAAUCAACGCAUCGCUUACAGCGCUGCUUCUCCUCACAGCUUUUAGUAGGUGCUGACUUUUGCACAUAUCAAUAAAUGUAUCUGCCGUAACACCAAAGAUUGGGGCAAACCCAUGUAUUAAACCUCACAAUCUUACAAUUGCUUGAAUUAACUCAGGGGAUUGUUUUUUGAUGUCUUAAUUGUAUAUGCUUUUAAGUCUUAUGUGUUACCUUUACAUCUGGGUUGAGUGAUGAAUUCAUCUAUUUUAUGCUAAUAUUAGACUGUUGUUUUAAUCACUGUAGAAUUAAGCAUUUUAUGUUUAUCUAAUGACUUUAGAGAUAUCUGUGCUUGCCAUGGAUGCAUUAUAUUCCAAUACAAACAAUUUUCAUGCAAACAUAUUGUAAUUGUUAUAAUGCUGAAAAUGCUUAUAGGUAUACUGUACCUACUGACUGUGUGAUGUAAGUUUUUUUUAUUUUGUUAAUGUGUCACAUGAUUGCAUUUCAUAAUACGUUGACAUAUUGUGUGAACUGGUUCAUUAAGAAUUGACCAGUUUAGUAAUUACACUGGUAUUUGUGUCUUUUGAUUUCUUUAGAUCCGCUUUAAGUAAUUUAAGUAAAUUCAAGAAUAAGGGGUUGGCAUGUAAUAGUGUUAACUAGUAUCGUGUCAAAGUGUAUAAAGUGCCUCUAUGAAGUAUUAUACUAUUGGUCUUAAGAAUAUCGCACACAGAAUAAACAGAAAUACAAGAUUGUUAUUU